AUGCAUGUGCGUGGAUCAGCUAGAAGUUCUCUGUUGUUGUCUCUGUUCCCGGUUCCCAAAAGUCACCUCACGGGUUUUGUUUGUUGCUUUAUUCCUUCUCGUGACAUUAUCAGAACUUUGAGCGGAAAGUUUAUUCAUCUGUGGUCUCGACGGGGGACAGAAACGAUGGAGCAACCGGAAACAGUCCCUGAAGCAGCGUCCGUGGGGGACACCGCGGAGACAGAGGACGCAAACACCGGGAAACGCAAACAUGAAGAGGCCGACCCACCGGAGACAGGCGGCCGAGGGAAGAGGCGAAGAGGAGCGGGAGGGAAGAAGCUCCGUCCCGGGGAGAGGUACAUCCCACCGCCCCAGAAACGUAACCCGGGGAUCAGCUUCAGCCAGGAGCAUUUCAAAGAAACGUCCUACUACUUCGAAGGCGGCCUGCGGAAAGUUUUUCCUUAUUACUUUGACUUCAAAACCUACUGCAAAGGCAGGUGGAUCGGUAAGAGCCUCCUGGAGGUUUUCAAGAGCGAGUUCAGAGCGGAGUCCAUAGAGUACUAUGAGAGGGCAGCUAAAGAGGGCCGCAUUCGGCUCAACGAGACCCCGGUGGAGGACCUGUCCGUGGUGCUCAGGAAUAACGACCACAUGAGGAACACUGUGCACCGCCAUGAGCCUCCUGUUAUUGGCACGCCCCUGGAGAUCCUGGUGGACGAUGGGGAGGUGCUUGUAGUUGACAAGCCGGCCUCUAUCCCCGUCCAUCCCUGCGGUCGUUUCCGCCACAACACUGUGAUUUUCAUCCUGGGUAAAGAGCACGGCGUCUCUGAGCUCCACACCGUCCACAGGCUGGACAGGCUCACCUCUGGAGUCCUGCUGUUUGCCAGGACGCUGGAGAAAUCCAAGAAACUAGACCAGAUGGUGAGAGACAGACAGCUUGAGAAGGAGUACGUGUGUCGAGUGGAGGGAGAGUUCCCUGAAGGCGAGCUGAUCUGUGAGGAACCCAUCCUGGUCGUCUCUUUUAAGAUCGGCCUCUGUCGGGUCGAUCCGAAGGGAAAGGAGUGCAGAACCGUGUUCCAGAGGCUCAGCUUUAAUGGAAAAACCAGCGUAGUCCGCUGUCUACCGCUCACUGGCCGCACCCACCAGAUCAGGGUCCACCUGCAGUACCUGGGCUUUCCUAUCCUCAACGAUCCCAUCUAUGGGUCCCACGCCUGGGGUCCUCACAGGGGCAAGGGGGGGCUGGUUGGGAAAAGUGACGAGGAGCUGCUGCAGGCUUUGGUGGAAGAACAUCGCUCCCAAGAAGAUUUACACCUGCUAGAUCUAAUGGGGGACUGUGUCGGGGUCCAAAGGGAAGCAGAGAAGGUUGAGAAAACAGACUUGACUCAAGCAGAGAAUUCAUCUGAGAAAGAAAUCUCCAGCAAAGCCUCUUUAGAAGAAUCUCAGAGCCUUGAAACAGCAGAUAUAGUCGGGAACCAAAGCAAAGCAGCAGAUUCUACUCAGAAAACUCCUCCAGGAACCCGAGACCACCUGUGCAGUGAAUGUAAGCUGGUGCGUCCGGACCCCACGAAGGAGGAGCUCGUCAUGUAUCUGCAUGCUUUACGCUAUAAAGGACCAGACUUUGAAUAUUCCACACAGUUGCCAGACUGGGCCAAAGAGGACUGGCAGGACACCGGUUUCAGCUGAUCUGUUCCUGUCUCCUUUUUAUUAUUUGUUUUUCUGAUCACAAAUCCUGAGUUUUAUCUUCAAGGUUCCUGUUUUAUUUUUCUUAAUUUAUUACUUACUGUAGUUAUUUGAAGAAGUGGAGUUAAAAUGAAUUACAGGUUUGGGGGUGUAUAUUUACUUUGAGAACUGUUGUACUAAAAGAUCAACUUUAAAGGCCCCAGUCUGUCUGCAAACUUAAAUCUUAAAUUUCUUGCCUAGAAAUGUGUGUUUUAUUUCAGGUUUAUGAAAAAAUAAAUGCAAUUUGGUUUCAGGAUUUUGCAGAUUACUCUCAAUACCUUCCUUCCCACCUUCUUUUCCUUUUUUUCUCCCUUAUUUCCUAUCCCUCUUCAUUACGCUUUCUUUCCCCUUUAUUCCUUUAUUUCCUUUCUUGCUACUUUUCGUCUCUGUGUAUCUUAUUCUGUUCUCUUGCCAAUUGUUGCUUCCUUUCUUCCUUCUUUGCUUCCAUUUUCCUCCAGUAUAUAUCACAAUCAAAGACUAAAAUGCAUCUGUAGGAAACAUUAGAAAAAAACAGUUUGCUCCAGGAAAAUACAUUUUAUUUCCUUUUUGUGAGAAGUUGACAACAGACAGCUGGAUGUGAUGGUGCUGCUGAGGUUUCCUUUCCAUGACAGUAAAUAGCCUGAUUGUUCUUUCUUCUGUUUAAGGCAGGUUAUUCUGACUAAUUCAGAAUGAAAGCUUUAAAAAAAAACUUUAGUCACACAUCUGAACACAUGUUAUGGAAAUCCCUCAAAGGUUUCAUGCUGAACCACAUUAAAAUCAACUUUAUCACCUCAGUUUUUUUUACAGUCUGCAUCGUUUAAAGUAACAUAAAUGCAUCUUAUUUUAUGUUGUACAAAGCACACACUUUGAAUCCAACAAACAACCAGUUAAGAGACAUUUGAAGCAUGUAUCAGAUAGAAAAUACCCAAACUUUAGAAGCUCACAAUGCUCUGAGCUUCCAAAUGCUAUGUGCAGAACCUGGGCUCUUUCAUGCAUAAGAUAGAAAACAGGUGGAUUGUUAAUUUUUUAUUCUAUGUAAGAGCAUUGUAAUGUUAUAUGCAGAAAUGGCCCAAAUUGUGCACAUUGCUGAUCUAAAAAAAAAGUAUUUGCCCCCUUACAGAUUUGUUGUAUUUUAAAUGUUAUUCAUACUUGUG